GAAGUCAUGGUCAUGAACACAUCAGGUAGAAUGGAUAGACUACCAUACUUCCAUCUGCUGAUAUGUUGCUGUUUUACCUUUGUCUGCAUCUCUGGAAAAGGUGAAGACAUCUCUUCAUGUGCAGUGAUGGUCCGAAGCGGCGCGACAUAUAAAACUGUCCCACAACACAAUGUGACGGUCAGCUGUCCCGUCAAACACUGUGGAGAACCAAUCAGUGUCACCUGGUGUAAACUGGACACAGCAAUCAAAUGGGAUCAGAUUAAAUACAAAGACAAUAUAGAAAUAACACAGACUGACACUAAGGAUGGACUCAUCUCAUAUCUGACCUUUACACGGAUUACCUCUCAGGACGACGGCCUGUACAGAUGUUCUUUAAAAGGAUACGAGUCUGAGCAGAUCAGUCACAGCAUCAACGUCUCAGUGUCAGAUUCAAACACGGACAUACAUGACUUUGACUAUAGUGCAGAUGAGCUUCCAAGCUCUGCUGCUGCUGCUGUUGCCGAUGCCGGUGAGGAUGUGUCAUGGCUGCCCUACUUCUACAUCUGUGUUGGCAUAGCUCUUCUGGUUUUCACACUGUUAGUGUUAACCAUGCUGGAUUCUUAUGGCUGGAAACGAAUAAUGACCUUCCACCACACAAAGGGAAAGGCAUUGCAGGAAAGGUCCAGUCAGAUGAUACCCAACCUCCCCAGUGCGAGUGCUCCUUCCAUUUUUUAUUUACAUGACAUCAACUACUCUCCUGCGGAAAGACCACCAUCACACCCUCCCCUGAGGACCAAUUGGGAGCAGCCUGCUGCGGAAAACACAGCGGCUGAAGGUCAAGUGUCAGACCACUCAAUGUAUGCAGUCGUCAAACACAGGUCUCAGAUACCUGCCGGAGAACAGGAUGCUGUGACGAAAAAGAAGGCAGAGUAUGUUGCCAUCAAUGUUUCCUGAACAUUUUGGAUUUGUCAUAGCAUGGCAUGCAGAGGGAAACAUGGAUGGAACAUUUUACAGUUAUGCGUUGGUGUCAUGGAACAGCAAUCAACCUCAUUGCAGAAGAGGUUAACAGAGGAGGCGUGUGGUCCCGCAGAUGCACAGCACACUCACUCACACUCAGAGCACACUCACGUUAAAUGAACAGCGUGAAACCACAGGCAGCAUUGCUCUUUUUUUACACCCUCAGGUUUGUUCCAGGCAAGGCUGCUUUCUUGUCAUUUUUCUUCAGAUGUUUUCCCCUAAAGUCAUUGUAUUUCCGUGACUUAGAGGGCUUUUUCUACUCAUUGACCCUUUGUUGGCCAACGCUUUGGUAGUUUGUAUAAAAAAAGCCAUAGUGGCAAAUAUGUGUUAUGAGCAGGAGCACUACUGUGCAUUAUUGUUGUCUGAUUUGGAAUGAAGACCGAAGUUUGGGAUGUUUCUACAUCUUAAAAACAAAUUACAAAACAAUCAUUAGGUGAUCUGUGACUGUGAAACCCUUUGUUUUUGAAAAGUCAUGAAUGUGGAGUCGUUUUUAUCUACUUUUGAAUUAUUGAGGUGACUAUGUAUAAAUGUUUGGCUAGAUGAUUAUAAUUGUUUUAAUGUCUACCUGGGAGACUGAGAAGUAACAUCUUGAGCAAAUUCUCACACAUUUUGCGUUCCCACAGCUUUCUGACUUGUUGUCUGCCUCCGACGGAAACACUACCCCGCCCAUUGACCUCAGCAGUGUGGCUUGGGUUAAAUGAGCUCGAAGUCACAGAGGGGAAAGAAAGAUAUCUUCACAUCAUUUUUUGUGGCAGGUGUCUCGCCUCUGCCGAACCACACAUGGUUUAGAUACUGAGAUACUGAAGGUUUUAGUUUUAGCAGUGGUCUUAUCAUAAUGGUGGUCACACAUCCAGGAAGUUGAGUAACAUGCAUGACGGAGGUAAAAUGGUAAAACCAAUUUACCAUCUGACAAUGAUAUGUCAAAAUAGACCAUGAGUUGUUCGUCCCCAACGUGUUUUAGCUUUUACCUGAGAAACAAAUCAAUAUCUUUCAGAGAGCCAUGGCCUUAGUGUGAGAAGUUUGACGAAAAGUGAUUUUCCUCUCAGAUUCCCUAAUUGAAAGGAUUUGAAUUCAAAACAAUAUUUUCGGUCAAAUAGCCUGUUCUUAAUACAACCAUCAGCAUAUUUCUAAAUGAUAAAUUAAAGACAUAUGUAUAUUCUAUAGGCCAAAUAAACUUGUAUGCCAUUUCAAAAUGGAUUCUGAAGGUAUUUGGCUGCUUCUAGCAUAACUAAAGAAACAGCGCAUGAAGGUUUGAAAGAAUGGCUUAACUCUCUGUUAAGUGUUUCAAAUGUGAUUAUCACAAGCCUGGCUUGUCAUGAAUUAAUUGUGAAAUAUUCAGUUGUUUCUUCCAUGAUGUAUCAUUGUUGGUGGUGAAAUCUUGCUCACAUUUAGAGAUGUGAGUAAGCAAAGUCAUACACUUACAUUUUGAAUACCUGAUUUGAUUACAAACUGAUCAAUAGAUUUAAAAAUAACCUUAUAUUUGUUGACUUAUAGGAUAACCCUAACCCUGGUGGGGAAAAAUAAAAGUUUUAAAAGAUGACAGAAUUAAGAGCAGAGCCAGAAAAGCGGGCAUGGCGCUGCUCAAGACCACAAAUCACUGCCCAUCAUGCUGAUAACACACACCGUGUCAUAUUGACAAUCGGAUAACUCAGUUUUCUUUAGAGGAUGUCAAGUGGAGCACAGUGUUCCUUGUGCUGUAAUCCAUUUACAGAUGCUCACACAAGGGUCCUUUCACCAAGGAACAGCAUGGGGAAAAUGUCAUGAAAUGCUUCUGAAUGAUGUGACCCGGAUUGUACAAAUCACUUACAGUUAUUCACAGCACACAUCGGAGAGGAAGGGGAAGUGUCAUCCUGACAAUCAUGUAAAAAGACUAUUGUCACUUUUUUACUGUUUUAAUAAAAAUGUAUCAUCUCAA